GUGGGUGUAUACAGGGGCAUGUCAGUACAGCACCCUCGCCCUGCGCUGAGCGAGGAAGGGCUGACUGACAGCACAUGCCUGCCUGCCUGCCUGCCUGUGGGACUGCCGUGGACACAGGGGAGGAGAGGAGAGGUUCCCACUCGCAGCGACCCACAACACACCAGAUCCGUGUGAGGUUUCGGUCGACAAGGAAUGUCAGGGUGUUUGUUUUGGCCUGCAACCCAUCUAGUGUCGCCUCCCUCUCUCUCACUCGCCGCUCCUGGGCUGUGAGUGUGUGUGUGUGCGUGUGAGUGUGGGACAGGGCAGCCCAUGUACAAGCAGCGACUCGGUCUGAGCGACCCCGGGCUCCGCUGAUGCGAUGGACUUGGAGCACAGGAGGAGCAGACAAGGCAGGAAACGGCAGCGACUCAGAGGAGUGAACACGGAUGUAAACAAAAGGUGGACACACAAUGCUGGAGAAACUCAGCAGAGAUGCACAUUACAAAUGGCGGGGAGAUGGAGGCAGUUAAGGGCGAGAUGAUGGAUAGACCGUGCCUGAAGAACCACAUGGCCACGUGCCAAGGGGAGAGCGUCUCGUUCAACGCCGCGGGCGAGCCCGCGCUGAACGGCAAACGGCGGAGCAGCCUGGACGUGCCGAGCGGCGAGGAAACGGGAGAGCAAGGCGAGCAGGAACCAAGGGCCCAGAGGAACCCCAACGCCUGCCUCUGGAGGCAGCAGAUCCUGAGGCCCAAGGCGGACCUCAAGAGACAGUCGGCCCUGUCCAUCGCUAUCGGCGAGUCUCCCCCGGUCGACGACGAACUGCUCGGGGGGGCCACGGAGAGGUGGAUGCUGGGCGACACGGGCCAGCAGGCAGCGCUGGCCACUCCGGCCCUGCCUGGCCGCCAGAUCGCGGGCAAGGCCGACAGCUGGCCGCACCAGCGCUUCCCCGCGGGCACCAGCUUCGGCGCCGCCUCCAAGAGCGACUUCUCGCUCAACACGCUGCUGGCGGAGGCCGAGAGGGACGACUUGGGCGCACGGCACAGGAGGCCCUCGCAGAGCUCGGACCCGGAGAAAACCGCAAGGAGGAAGAUGCGGGUGUACUCGACAGACUGCCCGAGCGAGGAGUCGUUCAGCAGCGGCAGCGUAGACUGCGAGUCCAUGUUCACGGGGACCCUGUUUGACGACGACUCGAAGGACAACGAUUUCCUCAACCAGAGCUUCUCGCUGGAUGACGAGACGGAACCUUCGGACUCCAGCGGCGGUGAGCUGCCCCUCGCCAUCCCCAUACCCGGGACGGAGCGGGAGCCGGAGACGGAGACGGAGACGGAGACGGAGACGGAGACGGAGACCAAAGGGGAACUGAUUGUCCAGGGCCAGACCCAGCCCGUCGCUGCCUGCCUGGAGCAAGAGAAGCGACGGUUCUCCGCUUCCGAACUGAUAAACAGACUCCAUCUCUCGCAGAAGAAAGUGGCGCAGGCACUGAAACUCAGCAAAUCCUUGACGGGGAUAUCUCUCUCCCGGGAAAAGCUGACUGGCAUCGUCUCUGCUGACGGCCCUCCACAGCCCACGUUCCUCAAGGGCGCAGAAGGCAGGAGGAGCGCAAAGCAGAAGAGUAAAUCCCUGGUCUCCAUCAACAGCAACUCGUCUCCAAAGGCCCAUCGCGACGGCCUGAUCUUUGACAGCCCUCCACCCCACAUGUGGAGGUCAAGCAACCUCCAGAGGAGAGUGGGGUCAGAGGAGGAGAUUAGUUCACAACACCUGAGGGAACAAAUACAUUCCCGCUUUCUGAUGAGCUCCAUGUUGUACCAGGAGUACAGCAACGUAGCGAGUGACCGGGAGAUCCAGCGGCAGAAACGUGCGGACACGGUGACCGAAGACGACGACGCGCUCCUCCACAGCAAGUGCAGCUCGUUGCCGCUGAACCUGCGGUGGUCCCAGCGCUCUGGCCGCGGCAACGCCUUCGCCCUGUGGCAGGACAUCCCCGACGUGAGGAGGAGCGGCUUGCUGGACAGGAUGGGCAACGAGCGCAGGAAGCUGCAGGAGGCCAAGUUUGAACUGGUGACCUCGGAGGAAUCCUACCUUCACAGCCUGAACAUCACCGUAGAACACUUCCAGAAUUCCAGGGAUCUCCAGGAAUGUCUCAAUGCCCAGGAGAAACAGUGGCUGUUCUCCAAGCUGCCGGAAGUCAGGGAAGUGAGUGAGAAGUUCCUGCAACAGCUGGAGGAGAGGCUGAUGUCGGACAUCUUGAAGUUUGACGUGUGUGACAUUGUGCUGGCCCACUGCCCGGCCUUCAGGAGAGUCUAUCUGCCUUACGUCACUAACCAGGCCUACCAGGAGAAGACCUGCCAGCGGCUGCUGCAGGAGAACCCCAGGUUCCCGGGAAUCUUGGCCAAGCUAGAGGAGGACCACAUCUGCCAGCGACUGCCUCUCGCCUCAUUUCUAAUCCUGCCCUUCCAGAGGAUAAUGCGACUGAAGAUGCUGGUGGAGAACAUACUGAAACGGACCAAGCAGGGAUCGCAAGAUGAGGAAUCAGCCACCAAGGCCUUCGACAAACUCAAGAAGCUCACACAAGAAUGUAACUCCAGUGUCCAAUCAAUGAAGAGGACCGAGGAACUCAUUCACCUCAACAACAAGUUCCACUUUGAGAGCAAGAUAUUCCCACUGAUCUCCCAGUCCCGUUGGCUGGUGAAACACGGUGAGCUGACAGAAGUCCACUCACAGACCAACAACACGUCCGGCUCAAAGUUCAAGCUGUCCAGCCGACCCAUCUACCUGCACCAAUUCAACGACUGCCUGCUGCUCUCCCGAAAGAAGGACACGGACAAGUUUGCCGUGUUCGUCCACGCCAGGAGCGAUGAGCUGAGGCCGAAGGACCUGAACAUGAAGGUGCACGGAAUUCCCGGGCACGUGUUCCACUUGCAGCUCCUGGGCAAGCAGCACGCCAAGCAGCAGAUACUACUCCGAGCACGCACGGAGAGCGAGAAGCAGCGCUGGAUCACGGCCAUGCUACUAGCCGAGCGGGAGAGCGUCUCCGAGCAGAUGGACCUGGAGAACGACGAUUCGCCACAAGUCCAGUGCAUCAAGACCUACAAGCCCCUGGAAGCUGAUGAGUUGGCGCUCGAGAAGGCGGACGUUCUAGAAGUGAAGACAAGAACUAAAGAUGGCUGGGUCGAGGGGAUGCGUUUGUCGGACGGGGAGCGCGGCUGGUUCCCGGAGAGCCACGUGGAGGAGAUAACGAACCGGAACGCCAGGAUACGCAACCUACGGGAGAAGAAUCGGAUCAAGCACGCCACCCGGAAGCUGCAGGAAGAACGCCGGUGAACAACGGCGCUGCCGGCAUCUCGAGAGGGUGGACAUCCCAGACCUUGGGAGCAAACGGACUCUGGGCAUCAGUAGAGGCCACCCUGAGCAGUUCAUGGAGGCACGGAGUGAUACAGCAUGGAAACAGGCCCUUCGGCCCGACCGGCCUACACUAGUCCCACCUGCCCGCGUUUGGCCCAUUUCCCUCCAAACCUGUCCUAUCCAUGCACCUGUCUUAACUGUGUCUUAAACGCUGAGCCUCAACUACCUCUUGUGGUAGCUCGUUCCAUACACCCACCACCCUCUGUGUGAAUAGGUUGCCCCUCAGCUGCACUCAGUUCUAUUGCACUGACUGUUGCAUUUCUAUUGCACUGACUGUUGCCAAUGAACCAUUGAGAUAGGCAUGGCCUAGGUUAGCUUCCCCUCCCUCUCAACCAGACACCAAACCCUGCCCUUAUCUCCAAGAAAAACAGUUCAACAUGUUGAAAAUUUAGUCGCC